CUCGUCUCUGUCUCUCUCUCUCUUGCUGUAUAAUUCUUAUUAGCCUCCACUGAGUUUUCUUUAUAUGUAGUUUAUUGUUCGUUGAAAGUCUAUUGCUUGCUCGCUCGCUUUGUACAUUCAAACAAAGACUUUGCUAGUUUUCUCUCUUUUAGGGUCUUUGGUUGGUUUUCCAGUUCUGAAUCUAUAAUCCACAAACUUCCUUAUCUUCUUUGAGGAGACACCGAUAUUUUGUUGUUGAUUCAAAAUUCCCCUUUUGUGUGGGUUCUGCGAUCUUCACGAGUUUGGAUUUGUGGUUUCUAAGGUUCUGGUGUUAAGAGUGCUGAGAAUUGACGGUCUCUUCAUGAACAUGGAAGUGAAUAACAGAGCUCUUAACGUUCUUUUUGGUGGUUUUAUCUGGUUGCUGUUGAGUUGCAGCUCCAGCUAUGGUCUUCAGAGCGAUAUAGAUUGCUUGAAAUCUCUAAAAGGGUCCUUGGAAGACCCAUUCAAUUACUUGAGUUCAUGGAAUUUCGACAAUGCUACUGAAGGCUUCAUUUGUAAAUUUACGGGUAUCGAUUGCUGGCAUCCUGAUGAGAACAGGGUUUUAAAUAUCCGGCUUUCAGACAUGGCACUCAAGGGCGGGUUUCCACUUGGUCUUCAAAAUUGUACAGCCUUGACAGGCUUAGAUCUUUCCAGCAACAAGCUUUAUGGAACUAUUCCAUCCAACAUCUCAAAUAUAACCAAGUUUGUGACAUCAUUUGAUCUCUCCUCCAACAAUUUUUCAGGAGGAAUUCCAAAGGACCUAGCAAACUGUACCUAUUUGAAUAUCAUCAAACUCGGCAGCAACCAGUUGACUGGUCAGAUUCCUCUGAGCUUGGCUUGCUUUCUCGGAUCAAAACGGAUCAAGACUUUUAAUGUAGCAAACAAUCUGUUGAGUGGGCCAGUUCCAAGGUUUUUAAAUGCACGAAUUUCAGCAGAUAGUUAUGCAAAUAAUUCAGGUCUCUGUGGCACUCCUUUACCCAAGUGCCAGACUACUUAAAAGAAACAGAAACGAAUACUAUGAGACAUUAUUCCGACCAGAAACAGAAACGAAUACUAUGUUCUAUCCGCUCAUGUGGUUAAAAACAGCCACGUAAGCGUGAAUCAGCACGCACGAAGUCAUCUAAUGUUUUUUAUUUUUAUUUGUAGAAUAAUUAAAACAAUACUAGUGCAACAUGCACCAAAUGAUAUAUCAAUUUGUGUAUUAUUAAUAUAUGUUAUUUUAAAAUUAUGAUUUCUCCUA